AUGGAGAAGGAACUGUUGGAAUUGAAAAAGCGCAAUGUCGCUCUGGAACAAAGGUCCCAAGACCUGCAGAGUCGUUUGGAGGAAGCCUGGACUGCUCAGAGAGGAACCCAAGGUGGGCUAUCGGCAGAUGGGGGCAGGUGCGUGUGGGUGGAACGGUUCCAGGGAGACACGGAAAAUUACUUGGAUUUCAAAACAGAGAUGAAAUAUUUUCUGGAACUGGAAGGAGAUAAGUUUCAGAACGAUGCAGCAAAGGUUGCUCACAUCAUAAGACAUCUGGGAGGAGGGGCUCGAAGCUGGAUCAGGCCCUUAAUAGCCUCGGGGAAUGAAGCCCUCAGAAAUGAAGCCAAAUUUUGGCAAGCAAUGGAUUUUAUCUAUGCAGAUCAGAGUUUAAUUGACAGAACGCAGGAGGAGCUGCUGGCUUUGAGACAAGGCAAAUCCACCGUACGCAGUUACUGGUCUGAGUUUGCUAUGCUUGUACAGAAACUGGGGUGAGAUUUAGAGGCGGACCCAGUACAAGCGAUACUUAAAAAUGGACUUAAUCCAGAAAUUAAGGACGAGCUGGGGGCCACGACCUAAGAAUAUGGACGAAUUAACAAAGGCUGCUCUUGGGGUGGGUUUGAGACAAGAAGCCAGAUGGAGGGAAAGGAAGCAAGGCAGAGAGCGGAGUUUCCAUGGUGACCGCAUUCUUGAGAUGCCUGCAGCUGCCUCGGAAUGUCAACAAGCGCCAGAGCCUAUGGAGAUAGGCACAGCCAGUGCGCGGGAGAGUUUGAAAGCCCAACGGUCUGGCGGGAAGGAAAAAAAAGACUGGCAAGCGGGAAAAGGAUGUUUUGUGUGUCAGAAGACUGGGCACUUUGCCAGAGUGUGCCCAGAGCGUCGUAACUGGCAGGGAAUGGUGGGGGCCACCCAGCAGGCAGAGGAAGAGGAGCCCCAGCAUUCGGGAAAUGAAGAGGCCUGGCUGGUGGGGAACCGGGGCAACAGCCAGGCGGGAGCAACACAGAAAGUCCCCGGCUUGAACACCUCAAAGCAAGCAUAAUGUUGAAGGUGGUGCUAGAACUCCCAAAUGGACAGACGGUGGAGGAGUUGGCGCUAAUUGAUUCUGGAGCCUCAGCAUCCUUUUGCAGCAAGGAGUUUGCGGUGCGACACCAACUGAACCUGAGGCCUUUGGAUUUUCCGCUGCAAGUGACAACAAUUGAUGGAAGAGAACUGCUGGGGGGUGAAGUGACGCAUCGAACACCCCCAAUGCGAAUGCGUGUGGCCACCCACUCUGAGGCCAUCGCUUUUCACGUGGCCACACUGGCGGGGCCGCCUGUCAUAUUGGGCAUGAGCUGGCUGGCUUUGCAUGAUCCGAUGGUUUCCUGGCACCAACGGUCCCUGACGUUUGGCUCGACGCACUGCAUGGAGAACUGCCUAGCCCAAGGGCUAGAUCAACAAAGUGAGAGCAGUAGGGCAGCAGCAUGCAGAGCGGGGACGAGUGAGAUUCCGUCGUGUUACAGGGAUCUACAGGAGGUGUUCAGCGAGAAAGAGGCGGAUGCGUUGCCACCCCAUCGGCCGUAUGACUGUCAGAUCAACCUGGUACCAGGGGCCACGUUGCCGGUGGGGAAAACCUAUUCCAUGUCGGAGGGAGAGCUCAAGGACCUAAAAGAGUUUAUUGAGAAAAACUCGAGAAGGGGUUUUAUCAGGGAGUCCAAGGCUGCAGGCGGGAGUCCCGUGUUUUUCGUCGACAAGAGAUUGAUGAAAGAGCGACGCCUAGUGGUGGACUUUAGAAUUUUGAAUAGCCAGACGGAACCGGUGGCCUUCCCGAUGCCGAGAAUCGACGACGUUUUGGCACGGGUGCGGAAGGGGAAGAUUUUCACGAAACUGGAUCUCCGAGGGGCUUACAACCUUAUCAGAGUAUGAGAAGGCGAUGAGUGGAAGACCACCAUGUUCACCCCGAUGGGGGCGUUUGAGUAUUUAGUCAUGCCCUUCGGUUUGCAGUGCGGAAGUCACUGUUUCCAAGCCUUCAUGCACCACGUGUUAGGACCCUUGCUCUACAAAAACUGCGUCUGCUUUUUAGAUGAUCUUCUUGUGUUCUCGGAAGACGAACAACAGCACGUGAAGGAUGUACGUCAGGUCCUGAGCAAACUCAAGGAGAACCGCUUGUGGGUCAAGCUGGAGAAGUGUCAGUUCCACGCAAAGCAAGUCGAAUUCCUGGGGUAUCGGCUGUCGGACCAGGGGUUGGCCAUGGACCCGGGGAAGGUGAAGGCAGUGGUGGAAUGGGAGAGUCCCAAAACCAGGAAAGAUGUUCAGCGUUUCCUGGGUUUCAGCAAUUUCUACAGGAAAUUCAUAAAGAAUUUCGCAGAAUUGACGGUGCCAAUCACGGACUGUCUCAGUGUUAAGAAGAAGUUUCAGUGGACGCAGGCAGCCCAAGAGGGGUUUGAGAAACUAAAGAGGGCUUUCGCUUCAGAGGAGCAACUGAUCCACGUCGACCCGGCUCAACCACUACGGGUGGAAACAGAUGCGUCGGAUCGGGCGAUAGGGACGGUGCUGCUGCAGCCAGAUCAAAAAGGGGAAUGGCGUCCGUGUGCCUUCUUUUCGCGGAAGCUCAACAAAUCAGAGCAGAACUACACCAUCUACGAUAAGGAAUUGCUUUUGAUCGUGGCUGCUUUUAAACAAUGGCGGCACUUCCUGGUUGGGGCAAAGCACCAAAUUUUGGUGUGCACUGACCACAAAAACUUGGAGUAUUGGCGUAUGGCACGGGUGUUGUGCCAGAGACAGAUAAGAUGGGCAGAGUUCUUUGCCAACUUCAACUUCAAGAUCCAAUACGUGCCGGGAGAGCAGAAUGCGAGGGCGGAUGCGCUCUCCCGGAAACCCGAGUAUAUGAUGGGGGAAGGGCCACCUGUAGCAAGACUGAUGUUCCCGGAGAGCAAAUGGUUGUGCGGGGGGACGUUGGUCAAGGACGACGAACUGAUGCAAAUGCUCAGAGACGAUGCCUUUGCCAGACAAAAGAUGGGGGAGUUAAGAGGAAGAGGGGGUGCCGAGGGUGGUUUUGAGGUGAAAGGGGGGUUACUGUACCACAAAGGGGCCUUGUAUGUUCCAGGAGAAAACCUUCGGGGCCGAAUCCUCAAGCAACUCCAUGACAGUUGUACGGCGGGGCAUUUUGGACAGCAUAAGACCAUGCUACUGGUCACGAGGGAAUUUUGGUGGCCAAGGGUGAGAGAGGAUGUAAAGGAAUAUGUGCGAGGAUGUGACACAUGUCAGAGGGCUAAAGGGGAAAGGGCGGCACCAGCGGGGUUGCUGGAACCAUUGCCCACACCUGGGAAGCCGUGGGAGGUGGUGGGUGUAGAUUUUAUCACUGAUCUGCCCAGAUGUAAGGGGAAGACAGCGGUCAUGGUGGUGGUUGAUCACUUGACCAAAAUGUGCCAUUUCGUGCCCUGUUCGCACGCCGUAACGGCGGAGGAAACAGCUAGGCUGUUCGUAGAGCACGUGUUUAGGUUACAUGGGGUACCUGCAAGGGUGGUGUCGGACCGGGGGGCUCAAUUUACCUCACGAUUUUGGAGCAAGCUCAUGGGGCUGCUCCAGGUGGAAGUGAGCUUUACAACGGUGAGACACCCCGAGACCAACGGGGAAGCGGAGAGGGCGACUGCUGUUUUACAACAGUAUUUGAGGUGUUACGUAAGUCAGAAGCAGAACGAUUGGGUGGACAAACUAGCCCUGGCAGAGUUUGCUUACAACAACGCGGAGAAUGUAUCCACAGGGAUGACACCGUUCUUUGCCAAUCAUGGGCUGCAUCCAAGGGCCUUCCCCAGGAGGGGGGAGGAGUCGUGGAGUGUUCCAGCGGCCGAACAGUUUGUGGAGGAAAUGGAAGCGAUCCACAGACAGCUGCAGUUAAAUUUGGAAAGGGCUAAGGAGUUAUACAAGAAGGAAGCCGACAAACAUCGGCGAUCAGAGGAGGUCAUCAGGAUUGGGGACAAGGUGCGGUUGUCCACGCAGGGAUUGCCUUGGUAAGGGGGCUGUAAGAAACUCAAGCCCAGGAAGGUGGGGCCCUUUGAGGUUAUCCAGCAAAUAAAUCCGGUGGCGUUUAAGCUCAGGUUGCCAGAAAGCAUGAGAAUCCAUCCAGUGUUCCAUAGGUCACUGCUGUUCCCCUACAGGGAGGGGGGAAGGAGACAGGGUAGUGGGGGAGGGGAAGGCUCACCAUCCGAAAUGGAGGAAAGGGAGCAGUGCAACGAGGUCACAGAAAUGUCAGUCCUCAGGGAAUGUGCAGGCGACCUUGGAACGGACAGCUCACGGAAGGACCCCGACCAAACCUAAGAGGAGGCGUGUAGUGGUGAUAGGGGAUUCCCUACUGAGGGGAACAGAAGCAGUGAUCUGUGGGCCUGACAAGAUGUCUCGGGAAGUGUGCUGUCUCCCUGGGGCUAAGAUCCAAGACGUAACUGGAGGUCUUCCGGAGGCGGCGCCAGCGAUUAAUGGCGGAUUUCCUCCACCGGAGGAAAUCUCACUACGAAUUAAGGGUCGGAUCCCGCUUUCGGCUUAGCGGGGGACCCCUAAAAAUCACAGGCGGGAGAAGCCUGUGAGCCUGGGACCCAGCGGGCACAUUUGGCGCCCUCCCCAACCCAGUAGGAAGCCCGGCAACAGGCUUUGAAGCGGAGCGGGGAGAGCGCUGUGCUGUGGGCUGUCUGCUCGUUCGUGGUGUGAAGCCGCAAGCUGUUGAUCGGAGAGCGCUGCCUUUCUUCCUUAAAAUCCGGACCUGAAAAUCAAUGAUCCGUGAGUAGGAUACAAUUUAAAUUGGAACUGUAUAAAACUGGAAUCUGGCCGAAAACGGAAAGAGGCUUAAAAAGGAAGUCAGCCUCUUUAUUUGUAGAUAAAAUAAAGCAUUGAACUUGAAAGCGGAAGCAACUGGAAAGUACGUUUUAGCGGACUUUAAUCCAAUCAUCUAACCUGGACUUUUCCCUUUUCAAAUUGAGGGAAAAGGGGGAGAAUUGUGGAUGUGAUUUCUUCACAAAGGGUGGAAAAGAAGGGAUUGAACCACCACUCAACUCCCUGGGAAAGGAUCUCCAGAUCUCAGGAAAGAAAGAGAGGUACUGUCUUGCAAUAUAUUUUGACAGCUAGUCCAGCACAAGAAAUAAAAGUUUGGACAAUUUAUGUGAAUAUAUAUCUCCUGGUCUUAAGUUAAAAAUUCUGAAUAGACUGUUUUCGUCCUGAAUAAACUAGGGGGGCUUGAAAAAAAAAGGAAUUAAAGUAUCCAAGAACUUUUAUGACUGUUACAGUGUCCCCCUAGUGGAACUUGGAACUGUUACAAUUUGUUACAAUUGAAACUGUAGCAGACUUGAGGAGUUCUCACACUGCUUGGUAGGAAAUUUCCACUGUUUAACUUCAAAUAUGUGACUGACCUUGGCGUUAUCUAAGGAAUGGCAGAGGGGAAAGAGAAGGCGGAUGCUUUGACCACAAGAUCUGGGAAGAUUCUUCGCACAGAAGAAGGAUUACAAAGGAGAGCUUCGGCCUCAGGCCCCUCUGGAACCUCAUUAACAACCUCAUCGGCACAAUUAAAGGUAAAAAGUACGACAAGUGAAGAAGCCUUUGCUCAUGUUUUGGCCAAAGUUAAUGAAUCUUUGAAUAAAAUAAGUCAACAAGUAGCAGAGGCUUCUGAAAAGAUUGACCAAAAUACAUUAAGUAUUAACCAGAAUACAGCAAGUAUUAACCAGAAUACAGCAAGUAUUAACCAGAAUACAGCAAGUACUAACCAGAAUACAGUAAGUAUAAAUAAUUUGGGCCAAAAAGUAAAUACUAACACAGAGACUAUUCAGAAAUUAUUAGAGGAAUCGGCCUCAAUUCGCCAGAUUGCUGAAGAGGCUAAAGAAAUUGCUACAACUUCUGCUACGGAAGUUAAAGAGGUUCAAGAGGAAUUACCAACACUGCAUAAACAAUUGGAAGACCACAAACUAACUCUGUCUAUGAUAGAUUUGAAGGAGAAGCAAGUGAACCUUCGGGUCAGAUCGGUACCUGAGGUGGAAAAGGACAAUCUAGCUGAAUUUCUCACGCAGGAAUUCUUGGACUUUUGGGAUCCAGAAUUGGUAAAAGACAGUUUCAGAAUAGUAAAUGCCUUUAGACUCGGGAGAAGAGGAGAGAAGAAGGUGAGAGACUGUCUGAUUACUUUUCGAACAAAAGAAGAGAGAGAUAAGAUUUUGGGCCUACAUUUUAAGAAGGCACUGGAAAUCCAUCGGACAAGGGUGGAAAUAUUCAAAGAUAUUCCGAAAUAUCUUCUGGAUCUCAGAUCAAAAUAUAAAGACUUGGUUAUCCUGCUGAGAAGGAACAAUAUCAAUUUCAGGUGGGAACUUCCUCAAGGCCUGUCUUUUAGCUACAAAGGAAAGAAGAGGAAAAUAAGAUCAGAAGAUGACAAAGACAAAUUUUGUAGAGACCACGGAGAAGACCUACAAAAAGAACUAUCUCCGGAACCAAAAGACCUUUCGAAAGAAGGGAUACCACCGACGGAUGAGGAACAGGCACUAGGUGCAGUAGGAGGAGAACUAAAACAAUAACAUCAUGGCCCUGCAACUUUUAACAUGGAACUGUCGGGGUCUGAAUUCCCCUCAGAAGAGGAAGUCAGUAUUUCAUAUAUUAAAAAAGGAACAAUUGGACCUAAUUUGUUUACAAGAAACACACAUAACAAGAUUACACAGGAAAUUGUUGAUAAAUAAAAGACUUGGUCAGGAAUUUAUUUCGUCAGAUAAAGUUAAAAAGAGAGGGGUUGUGAUUUACGCAAAAGAUAAUUUAUCACCAAAAUUUGUUUUUAAGGAUGACCAAGGAAGAUUUGUGGCAAUUGAAAUUCAAACACAAGGAGAAAAAUUUUUGAUUGUAGGAGUUUACGCACCAAAUGAUGGGAAAUCUGAUUUCUUUAAGAAGUUGCAUGAGACCUUGAUGGACCAUAUGGAUUACAACAUGAUUUUGAUGGGAGAUAUGAAUGGAGUGGUAUCUACUUAUAUGGACAAGGCACAAAGACAGGUAGUCACCAAAGAUGGUAGACUACCGGAAACCUUUUGACAUGACAGACAACUUGGACUUAGUGGAUAUUUGGAGAAUUAGAAACCCCUUGGCAAAGAGGGAACUUUCUUUUCUGAAGCCAAAAUGACUUGGACAAGAAUUGACCAAAUUUGGAUAACUAGAGGAAUGGCACCAAAGACAAGAAAGGUGGAAAUCUGCCCGAAAAUUUGCUCCGACCAUAAUGCUGUUAAGAUGGAAAUGAGACUAACACCAACUGGCUCCUUCAGAUGGAAGAUGAAUGACACCUUAUUUAGAGAUGAAGAAUUUCUUAAGAAGGCCCAAAAAACUCUAAAAGAUUACUUUGAGAUAAAUCUCAGUUCUAACGUGGAGAAAAGAGUAAUCUGGGACGCAAGUAAAGCUGUUAUGAGAGGGUUCUUAAUACAACAGAAUGCGAUAAAGAAAAAAACUCAAAAUGAAAAGAAGGAUAAAAUUAUGAAUAAAAUGAAUGAAUGUGAAAAAAGACUGCGAGUAAAUCCCAAAUCUCAAGAGAUUCUGAGAGAGUUAAAGUUACAUCAAGUACAAUAUAUGAAAAUAAUGAAUCAGGAAAUAGAAUGGAAGAUUAAACAAAUGAGACAAAAGACUUUUGAAUCGGCUAAUAAAUGUGGUAAAUUGUUGGCAUGGCAAAUGAAAAAGAGACAAAAAUUAAAUACGAUUACGAAUCUAGAAGUGGAAGGAAGGAAUAUACAGAACCCUGCAGAGAUUAGAAGUUGUUUCCAGAAGUAUUUUAAAAGACUAUAUACUCAAGGGCCAGUGAAAGAAACAGAUUUAGACCAAUUUUUGAAAACAAAUGGACUACAAAAAUAUCUCAAGAAAAGAGACUAAUUUUGAACGACAGAAUAACUGAACAGGAAAUAGAAGGUGCCAUUCAAAAUAUGCAACUGGGUAAAUCUCCAGGACCAGACGGCUUGACCUCUAGAUACUAUAGAUCUUUAAAAGAAUGGUUAAUUCAACCAUUGAAAGAGGUCUGUAACGAAAUUAUGGAGGGGAAGAGGGCACCAGAGUCGUGGAAAGAAGCGUACAUUACACUUGUACCAAAAACAGAGACUGAAAAGACACAACUUAAGAACUACCGCCCUAUAUCAUUACUUAAUGUGGAUUAUAAAAUUUUUGCAGAUAUUUUGGCGAAGAGAUUUAAGAAAGUGCUGUUGGAAGAGAUUCAUAAAGACCAAGCGGGCUUUCUCCCAGGAAGACAUUUGUCUGAUAAUUUGAGGAAUAUAAUUGAUAUCCUGGAAAAAUUAGAAGUGAAUAUUAACACUAAAGCAGUGUUGAUAUUUGUAGACGCGGAGAAAGCCUUUGACAAUAUUUCUUGGAAUUUUAUGAAGAAGAAUCUUCAGGGUAUGGGGGUAGGCCAAGGUUUUGAGAAUGGUAUAAGUGCAAUUUAUUCAGAACAAAAGGCUAAACUAAUUGUAAAUAAUGUUGUUACGGAAGAACUUAAAAUUGAAAAAGGGACACGACAAGGUUGCCCAAUUUCCCCACUUCUUUUUAUUUCGGUCCUGGAGGUUCUGCUGAAUAUGAUUAGAAGGGACCAGAUGGUUAAAGGUAUACAGGUCGGAAUUAAACAUUAUAAAUUGAGAGCAUUUGCAGAUGACUUAGUAUUGACGUUACAGGAGCCAGAAUCUAGUACAAAAAGGGUUUUAGAACUGAUUCAAGAAUUUGGUCAAGUGGCAGGAUUUAAAUUGAACAAGUCAAAAACCAAGGUUCUAGAGAAAAAUUUAACACCGUUUGAAAGAGAGAGGUUUCAGAAUGAGACAGGUUUAACAGUGGUUAAGUUAAAUACCUGGGGAUUAACAUGACAGCAAAAAAUGGGAAUUUAUUUAAAGAUAAUUAUGAAAAAUGUUGGUCAGAAGUGAAAAAAGAUUUAGAAAUUUGGUCAAAUUUGAAGCUUUCACUGCUAGGCCGUAUUGCUGCGAUAAAGAUGAAUGUAUUGCCUAGAAUGUUGUUCUUGUUUCAAACUUUGCAGAUCGUGGACAAAAUGGAUUGUUUCAAGAGGUGGCAGAAAGAUAUCUCUAAAUUUGUCUGGCAGGGCAAGAAGCCUAGAAUAAAAUUUAAAAUACUAACAGAUGCAAAGGAAAGAGGUGGAUUUGCCCUGCCAGACCUUAAACUUUAUUAUGAAUCAGCAGCUUUUUGCUGGUUGAAAGAAUGGCUACUUCUUGAAAACACUGACAUUUUGGACUUGGAAGGUUUCAAUAAUGUAUUUGGAUGGCAUGCAUAUCUAUGGUAUGAUAAGGUCAAAGCACAUAAAGCAUUUAAAAACCACAUUGUCAGGAAAGCGCUAUUCAAUGUUUGGUUAAGAUAUAAGGAUUUGUUAGAAAACAAAACCCCAAGGUGGCUGUCACCAAUGGAAGCGAAAGCCUUGAAAAGGUCAAUAUGGAGGUCAAAUGGCCGAAAUAUUGGGAAAUUUUGGAACAAGACGGAGAUAGACUGAAAUUGCAGAGUUUUGAAAAACUAAAAAACAAAGUGCGAGACUGGCUUCAUUAUUAUCAGAUAAUGGAGGCAUUUAAAUUGGACAGGAAAAUUGGCUUCCAGGUGGAAAGAUCCAAAUUAGAAACAGAAUUGUUAGAACCCAAAACUAAGAAUUUGUCAAGAAUGUAUAACUUGCUGCUGAAGUGGAAUACUCAGGAUGAAACGGUAAAAUCGGCUAUGAUUAAAUGGGCACAGGAUGUUGGACAUAACAUUAUGUUUGCUGACUGGGAACAGUUAUGGACCACAGGUAUGAAAUUUACGGCAUGUAAUGCCUUAAGAGAGAAUAUUAUGAAAAUGAUAUACAGGUGGUACAUAACCCCAGUCAAGCUUGCGAAAAUCUAUCACUUGCCCGAUAACAAAUGUUGGAAAUGUAAAGAAACUGAAGGUACAUUUUUCACCUUUGGUGGACGUGCCCAAAGAUUAAGGCUUUCUGGGAAAAGAUAUAUAAUGAAUUAAAAAAGGUAUUUAAGUAUACCUUUCCUAAGAAACCAGAGGCCUUUCUCCUGGGCAUAGUGGGCCAAAUGGUGUUAAAAAGGAUAGAACUUUCUUUAUGUAUGCAACAACAGCAGCAAGAAUACUCAUCGCAAAGUAUUGGAAGACACAAGAACUUCCCACGCUGGAGGAAUGGCAGAUGAAACUUAUGGACUAUAUGGAAUUGGCGGAAAUGACUGGCAGAAUCCGUGACCAGGGAGAAGAGUCGAUGGAGGAAGACUGGAAGAAAUUCAAAGACUAUCUUCAGAAACACUGCAAAAUUAAGGAAUGUUAGAGUGAUGUUGGAUUGAAAAUAAGUGGUUUCCAGCUGUACAGGUUAAAGUUAAGGAUAGAUUAAGAUUAAAGAUUAAGAUUAAAGAUGUUUAAAGAAAUGGAAAUUUGAUAAUAAAAGGGAAAAAUUUAAAGCUAUAUGACAUUAAGAGCAAGGAUUAGGUUUAAAAAAGUUGAAGUUAUAUAUUUUAACAUUUUAUUAAAUUAAAGAUUGGGAUUAAAAAGUGGAAAAGAAACUGCUGGACAAAUAAUGUGGAUUGGAAUACAAAAGAGGGAGGUAUGAGGAAGUCCAGAAAAUAAGUAAUUUAAAAUUGGGAAUGGAAAAGAGAGUUUGUUUUUAAUUGUUAUGUUUUGUGUUUUUAUUGUUAAGUUUUGUAUUGUUUUUAUUUGUGUGUGUUGUUUUUCUUUUUUCUUUGUUUAAAACCUUAAUAAAAAAUUAUUAAAAAAAAAAAAAUAAGAUCCAAGACGUAACUGAACGACUGCAAGGAAUCAUAAAACCCACUGACAAAUACCCCUUCCUCUUGGUUCAUGUGGGAACCAAUGACACUGCAAGCAAUAGCCUCCAGAAGAUCAAAAGAGACUACGAGGCUCUGGGCAGGAAACUGAAGCAAUUAAAUGCACAAAUUGUCAUCUCAUCUGUCCUCCCAGUUGAACGACGUGGCCCAGGGAGAGAGGGAAAAAUAGUGGAAGUGAACAGCUGGCUUCGCAAAUGGUGUAAACAGGAACGGUUUGGAUUCUUAGAUCACGGACUGCAGUAUCUUGAAGAUGGACUUCUGGCAAGCGAUGGGCUGCACCUCACAACGGUUGGGAGAAAUGUUUUUGCCAAAAAUCUCAGAAACCUCAUCAGGAGGGCUUUAAACUGACUAAUUUGGGGAGGGAGACAGUGCUCCUGAAGGUAGGAGUCUAUCAAUUGAUGAAGAUGAUCAUCCAAAUGUCAUAGACCAAAUGGAGCAAACAGCACGCAGACCUAGUGGUAGGAGGAAAAAAUCCUUAAAUAAGAGUCACGGUGGAAUGAUUAAUGGACUUCAAUGUCUGUACACUAAUGCGCAAAGCAUGGGAAAUAAACAAGAUGAGCUUGAGCUCUUGGUACAGCAAACUAAAUAUGACAUAAUAGGCAUCACUGAAACCUGGUGGGAUAAGUCCCACGAUUGGAAUGUAAUAAUGGAGGGAUACAAUCUAUUUCAGAGAAACAGACCAGACAAGAAAGGAGGAGGAGUGGCGUUAUAUGUCAGGGAUGUGUAUACCUGUGAAGAGAUCCAAGAUUUAGAACCUCAAAGCCAAAGUGAGAGCAUUUGGGUCAAAAUUAAGGGAGAGAAGAAUAACAGUGACCUCAUUGUGGGAGUUUACUAUAGAUCCCCAAGCCAAAUGGAGGACAUAGAUGAUGCCUUCCUGGAACAGAUGGCCAAGCAUGCAAAAGGAAGGAGAUAGUAGUAAUGGGGACUUCAAUUACCCGGAUAUUUGUUGGAUGUCAAACUCAGCCAAGAGCAUAAGGUCAAACAGAUUCCUCACUGGCCUUGCAGACAACUUCAUUGCCCAGAAAGUGGGAGAAGCAACAAGAGGAACAGCCAUUUUAGAUCUGGUCCUAACCAAUGUUGAUGACCUGGUUAGUGGGGUAGAAGUGGAAGGAUCAUUAGGCGCGAGUGAUCAUGCUCUUCUGAAGUUUACUAUACAGCGGAAAGGAGCAGCCAAGCAUACUAGGACUCAAUUUCUUGACUUUAAGAAAGCCGACUUCAUAAAACUUAGGGAAGUGCUGGGUGAGAUCCCAUGGACAGUAAUACUAAAAGGAAAGGGAGUUCAUGAUGGCUGGGAGUUUGUUAAGAGGGAGAUACUAAAAGCACAACGUCAGGCAAUACCAAUGAGAUGGAAACAUGGAAGGUGCCUAAAGAAGCCAGGGUGGCUAUCUAAAGAACUUUUAACUGAGUUAAGAUUAAAAAAGGAUGUGUACAAAAAUGGAAAAGGGGGAAACCACCAAAGAGGAAUUCAAACAAAUAGCCAGCACGUGUAGACACAAAGUCAGAAAAGCUAAAGCACAGAAUGAACUCAGGCUUGCUAGAGAGGUUAAGCAAGCAACAAAAAGGCUUUUAUGGGUAUGUUCGUAGCAAAAGGAAGAACAAAGAAACAGUGGGGUCACUCAGAGGAGAAGAUGGUGAAAUGCAAACAGGGGACACAGAAAGGGCUGAACUCCUCAAUGCCUUCUUUGCCUCAGUCUUCUCCGAUAAAGAAAACAAUGCCCGACCUGAAGAAUUUGGAGCAAAUGAUUCAGCAGAGGAAACACAGCCCAGAAUAACUAAGGAGAUAGUACAAGAAUACUUGGCUAGUUUAGAUGUAUUCAAGUCUCCAGGGCCAGAUGAACUGCAUCCAAGAGUAUUAAAAGAACUGGCAGAUGUGAUCUCAGAACCACUGACAGUCAUCUUUGAGAAUUCCUGGAGAACAGGCGAAGUCCCGGCAGACUGGAGGAGGGCAAAUGUUGUCCCUAUUUUCAAAAAGGGGAAAAGAGAGGACCCAAAUAAUUACCGCCCAGUCAGUCUGACAUCAAUACCAGGGAAGAUUCUGGAGCAGAUCAUUAAGCAAACAGUCUGUGAGCACCUAGAAAGGAAUGCUGUGAUCACCAAUAGUCAGCAUGGAUUUCUGAAAAAGAAGUCAUGUCAGACUAACCUGAUCUCGUUUUUUGACAGAAUUACAAGCCUGGUAGAUGAAGGGAACGCAGUGGAUGUAGCCUACCUUGAUUUCAGCAAGGCAUUUGACAAGGUGCCCCAUGAUAUUCUUGUAAAGAAGCUGGUAAAAUGUGGUCUUGACUAUGCUACCACUCAGUGGAUUUGUAACUGGCUGACUGACCGAACCCAAAGGGUGCUCAUCAAUGGUUCCUCUUCAUCCUGGAGAAGAGUGACUAGUGGGGUGCCACAGGGUUCUGUCUUGGGCCCGGUCUUAUUCAACAUCUUUAUCAACGACUUGGAUGAUGGACUCAAGGGCAUCCUGAUCAAAUUUGCAGAUGACACCAAACUGGGAGGGUGGCUAACACCCCAGAGGACAGGAUCACACUUCAAAACGACCUUGACAGAUUAGAGAACUGGGCCAAAACAAACAUGAUGAAUUUUAACAGGGAGAAAUGUAAAGUAUUGCACUUGGGCAAAAAAAAUGAGAGGCACAAAUACAAGAUGGGUGACACCUGGCUCGAGAGCAGUACAUGUGAAAAGGAUCUAGGAGUCUUGGUUGACCACAAACUUGACAUGAGCCAACAGUGUGACGCGGCAGCUAAAAAGCCAAUGCAAUUCUGGGCUGCAUCAAUAGGAGUAUAGCAUCUAGAUCAAGGGAAGUAAUAGUGCCACUGUAUUCUGCUCUGGUCAGACCUCACCUGGAGUACUGUGUCCAGUUCUGGGCACCACAGUUCAAGAAGGACACUGACAAACUGGAACGUGUCCAGAGGAGGGCAACCAAAAUGGUCAAAGGCCUGGAAACGAUGCCUUAUGAGGAACGGCUAAGGGAGCUGGGCAUGUUUAGCCUGGAGAAGAGGAGGUUAAGGGGUGAUAUGAUAGCCAUGUUCAAAUAUAUAAAAGGAUGUCACAUAGAGGAGGGAGAAAGGUUGUUUUCUGCUGCUCCAGAGAAGCGGACACGGAGCAAUGGAUCCAAACUACAAGAAAGAAGAUUCCACCUAAACAUUAGGAAGAACUUCCUGACAGUAAGAGCUGUUCGACAGUGGAAUUUGCUGCCAAGGAGUGUGGUGGAGUCUCCUUCUUUGGAGGUCUUUAAGCAGAGGCUUGACAACCAUAUGUCAGGAGUGCUCUGAUGGUGUUACCUGCUUGGCAGGGGGUUGGACUCGAUGGCCCUUGUGGUCUCUUCCAGCUCUAUGAUUCUAUGAUUCUAAAUACUGGACGCUCGUUGGAGAGGGGGGAAUGUGGAAUAUUUGGUGGCUUGGGAAGGGGCCCCGGCAUCGGAGAAUACCUGGGUCCCGGAAGAUAGUAUGUCUAACAGUGAGCUGGUAGAGGAGUUCCACAAUUUCUUCCCGGACAAACCAAAAGGCAAGGUGAGGUCCUUACAAGAGGUGUUCGAAACAACAGAUGACGAAGAGGAAUUCGAAGGUUUCCCAGCAUCGGAUGAGGAGGAGGAAGAAGACGAAGGCGUAGACUGGGGAACACCAGGACUUGGGGGUUGGAGGAGUGUGUUCGAAGAGACGGAUGAGGAAGAGGGUAGUUUUGGGGGGUUCUCCCCGACCACCUCUCAGGAAAGAGAAGGGGACGUAGUCGGGUCUCCUGAGCGGGAGGGGGCCUUUGAGGAGGGGGUGGAUGUCAGGGAGAGGCAAACGGGAAAAGAAGAAAGGACAGAAACCAGCAGUUAUAGAGAGCCUAAAGAGAUUAUCAGCAGCUUGUCGUCUGACAGUCAGUCUGACGUAGAGGGGGAGGAGGAUGAGCCUGGGACAAGUCAGGCUGUACACCAAGGAAGUAAGGGGAAGAGUUUUCGCAGAAUUGCAUGCUGGGUGCGGAAAAGGAGGACGUAAGAUUAGAGGGAGCAACUGCGCACAAGGGGAAGGAGGCUAAUGGAAACGCUGGAGAUGUACGUUUGAACUUUGUCAAAUAAAUCAAUUGUUUGGAACUGGCUGGGAGCCCGGAGUCUUAUCUAUUGCCAGCUGGACAGCACUAAGCCUCUGACAAUAGGGGAUUGGAAUGCUAAAGUAGGGAGUCAAGAGAUAAAAGGAACAACUGGCAAGUUUGGCCUUGGAAUUCAAAACGAAGCAGGGCAAAGGCUAAUAGAGUUCUGCCAAGAGAACAAGCUGGUCAUCACAAACACGCUUUUCCAACGACUCUACACAUGGACAUCACCAGAUGGGCAGCAUCGAAAUCAGAUUGAUUAUAUUCUCUGCAGCCAAAGAUGGAGAAGCUCUAUACAGUCAGCAAAAACAAGACCUGGAGCUGACUGUGGCUCAGAUCAUCAGCUUCUUAUAGCAAAAUUCAAGCUUAAACUGAAGAAAACCACUGGGCCGGUAAGAUACAAUCUAAGUCAAAUCCCUUAUGAAUACACAGUGGAAGUGAGGAACAGGUUUAAGGAUUUAGAUUUCCUGGACAGAGUGCCUGAAGAACUAUGGAUGGAGGUUCGUAACAUUAUACAGGAGGCAGCAACUAAAACCAUCCCAAUUAAAAGGAAAUGAAAGAAAGCAAAGUGGCUGUCCAACGAGGCCUUACAAAUAGCGGGGGAGAGAAGGCAAGCAAAAUGCGAGGGAGAUACUAAAAGAUACAGGAAAUUGAAUGCAGAUUUCCAAAAAAUAGCAAGGAGAGACAAGAAGUCCUUCUUAAACGAGCAAUGCAAAGAAAUAGAGGAAAACAAUAGAAUGGGAAAAACCAGAGAUCUGUUCAAGAAAAUUGGAGAUAUGAAAGGAACAUUUCGUACAAAGAUUACCAUAAUAAAAGACAAAAGUGGUAAGGACCUAACAGAAGCAGAAGACAUCAAGAAGAGGUGGCAAGAAUAUACAGAGGAAUUAUACCAGAAACAUACAGAUGUCUCGUACACCCCAGGUAGUGUGGUUGCUGACCUUGAGCAAGACAUCCUGGAGAGUGAAGUCAAAUGGGCCUUAGAAAGCACUGCAAAUAACAAGGCCAGUGGAAGUGAUGAUAUUCCAGCUGAACUAUUUAAAAUUUUAAACGAUGAUGCUGUCAAGGUGCUACACUCAAUAUGCCAGCAAAUUUAUAAAACUCAGCAGUGGCCAGAGGAUUGGAGAAGAUCAGUCUACAUCCCAAUCCCAAAGAAGGGCAGCGCCAAAGAAUGCUCCAACUACCGCACAAUUGCACUCAUUUCACACGCUAGCAAGGUUAUGCUUAAAAUACUACAAGGCAGGCUUAAGCAGUAUGUGGACCGAGAAUUCCCAGAAGUGCAAGCUGGAUUUCGAAAGGGCAGAGGAACCAGAGACCAAAUUGCAAACAUGCGCUGGAUUAUGGAGAAAGCUAGAGAGUUCCAGAAAGACAUCUACUUCUGCUUCAUUGACUAUGCAAAAGCCUUUGACUGUGUUGACCACAGCAAACUAUGGCAAGUUCUUAAAGAAAUGGGAGUGCCUGAUCACCUCAUCUGUCUCCUGAGAAAUCUCUAUGUGGGACAAGAAGCUACAGUUAGAACUGGAUAUGGAACAACUGAUUGGUUCAAAAUUGGGAAAGGAGUACGGCAAGGCUGUAUAUUGUCUCCCUGCUUAUUUAACUUAUAUGCAGAAUUCAUCAUGCGAAAGGCUGGGCUGGAUGAAUCCCAAGCCGGAAUUAAGAUUGCCGGAAGAAAUAUCAACAACCUCAGAUAUGCAGAUGACACAACCUUGAUGGCAGAAAGUGAGGAGGAAUUAAAGAACCUUUUAAUGAGGGGGAAAGAGGAGAGCGCAAAAUAUGGUCUGAAGCUCAACAUCAAAAAACGAAGAUCAUGGCCACUGGUCCCAUCACUUCCUGGCAAAUAGAAGGGGAAGAAAUGGAGGCAGUGAGAGAUUUUACUUUUUUGGGCUCCAUGAUCACUGCAGAUGGUGACAGCAGUCAUGAAAUUAAAAGACGCCUGUUUCUUGGGAGAAAGGCGAUGGCAAACCUAGACAGCAUCUUAAAAAGCAGAGACAUCACCUUGCCAACAAAGGUCCGUAUAGUUAAAGCCAUGGUUUUCCCAGUAGUGAUGUAUGGAAGUGAGAGCUGGACCAUCAAGAAGGCUGAUCGCCGAAGAAUUGAUGCUUUUGAAUUAUGGUGCUGGAGGAGACUCUUGAGAGUCCCAUGGACUGCAAGAAGAUCAAACCUAUCCAUUCUGAAGGAAAUCAGCCCUGAGUGCUCACUGGAAGGACAGAUCGUGAGGCUGAGGCUCCAAUACUUUGGCCACCUCAUGAGAACAGAAGACUCCCUGGAAAAGACUCUGAUGUUGGGAAAGAUGGAGGGCACAAGGAGAAGGGGACGACAGAGGACGAGAUGGUUGGACAGUGUUCUUGAAGCUACAAACAUGAGCCUGACCAAACUGCGGGAGGCGGUGGAAGACAGGAGUGCCUGGCGUGCUCUGGUCCAUGGGGUCACGAAGAGUCGGACACGACUAAUCAACAGUUAAAAGCAUUCACCUCCCUGGCUGAGGAGCUCGGUGUACCUUUGGCCGCGGACAAAACUGAGGGCCCUGUCACAACCAUGACUUAUCUGGGCAUAGAAUUGGACAUUAUCACACAGACAUCCCGCUUACCGAAGGAAAAGUUAACUGCACUUAAGGAACUAAUCAUACAGCUUCUCCCUCUCAAAAAGGUCACCAUGAGUCAGAUUCAGUCGCUUCUGGGUCACCUCAACUUUGCCUGCCGAGUAGUAUCCCCUGGCUGCCCAUUUUGUGGGCGCUUGGCAAAGUUGUCAGCAGGACUACGAGUGCCCCAACACAGAGUGCGCCUUUCUAAGGCGGUCAAGUCGAAUCUAGAAGUGUGGUUAAAAUUCCUGGACAAGUACAAUGGCAUUUCAUUGUGGCAGGAUCAUCUGUUGCUUCAUGCAGACUUUCAGGUGCAGUCGGACACGGCCGGUUCCUUGGGGUUUGGCGUUUACUUUAAAGGGCAGUGGUGUGCUCAGCCUUGGCCCCUGGCCUGGCGGUGAAAGCCUAUCAUGCACGAUCUCACCUUCCUAGAAUUUUCCCCUAUCAUAGUAGCGGUGCACGUGUGGGCGGAGGAGUUUAAGAACCACCGGGUAUGUUUUUGGACAGACAAUCAAGCAGUUGUCACCGUCCUGUCAAAGCAGUCAUCGCGCUCCCCCAGGGUGGCUAACCUGCUCUGGUCCUUUGUCCUUUUGUGCCUGGAGAACGAGAUGUCAUGGGAACGAGAUGUCAUGAAGGGAGUUUUGUCAUCGGUGGCCCCGUCCACGCUCAGAUCAUAUAAAAAGGCCUGGUUGGACUUUAUGGAGUUUAGAAAUAAGAUAAAGAAUGUUAGCUUUGACAUACCCACUCCCGACAUAAGGAGGGGGGGGUUGCGGGCUCAAGCCCCCACCUACAUUCUCGCGGGACUCAGGGAUUUCCCAGGGUCAUUAUUAUUCAUCACCCACAGCGGCCAGCCAAUCGCCUGGCAGUAGGGGCGGGCUUACUAGGUGGCACUUAAGGUUGGGGCAGCCCUGGCUCGCCCCUUUCUUUCUUCUCAACAGCUGCGGUUUGCUUCGCUGCCUUCCGUCGCUGCGAGUUUGUUUUUUCUUCCAUUGUUUGCCGCACGUGUUUUCUCCCUUGGUGCUGUAUUUCACAGUUGCGUCGGAUUUUAUCCCUUCCCUUUGCUGGAGCGCGAAAAGCCGCCUUUAGAGUGGUGCCGUAGCGCGUCCAGCCGUCUUUCCUCCCCUCCCGUUUGCUUUUCUCUUGCGUCGUUUCCUGGUCUUUGAACGCAGCGCAGGGACUCUGCUCAUCCGGCUACCGUUGUUAGCCGCGUCGCCUUUUGGCUGCAUCGACACCCUUCGGGACGGCAAGAAGCGGAUGACCACCACGGAUCUUGUGCCCCAUCCCUGUGCCGGUCGCCCCGCUGUGGUAACGUCUUCGGUUCAUCUGCUGGGGCCUCGAAGUCGGAUUCCAGUCGUGAGCUGCCUCAGCGCUCACAAAAGUUUUUAG